AUGAAGGCCACGUGGUCAGGCUUCAAACCAUCCGAUGCCAUGCCCUCGAACAUCGCCAGCGCCUCCUUCCCCUUCCCGUGGGCCGCCAACGCGCAGACUAGGGACGUCCUGGUGAGCAGGUUCCUCUCUUUAAUGGGCAUUUCGUCGAACAUCUGGCGGGCAAUGGAGAUCCUGCCGGAAUUGGCCAGCGCCACCACCAGCGCCGACCCGAGCGCCGCCGUGACGCGCAGCCCGCGGCGGCGGCACGCGUAGCAAUAGACCCACGUCGCCAGCUCCGGCGAGCAGAGCCCGCCGGCGGCACGGGCGGCGCCCACCAGGGCCGCCUCGUCGGGGGCCACUCCAGCGGCCUGCAUAUGCCGGAAGGCGUGUAGGGCCUCGGCGUGGUGGCCGGCGGAGGAGGCGGCGGCGACGAGGGCGGUCCAGGAGACGAGAUCGCGGCGGGGCGGGGGGAUCUCGGAGAAGGCGAGGAGGGCCUGGCAGGGGAGGCGGUGGCGGCCGUAGAAGGCGACGAGGGCGUUGGAGGAGUGGGGGUGGCCGGGGGAGAGGAGGCCGAGCUUGGCGGCGAGGGCGUGGGCGGCGCAGCCGGCGAGGAGGCCGGAGAGUGGGGAGGGGUGGAGGGAGCAGGCGCGGAGGACGAGCGGGAAGGUGUAGCCAUCGGGGGCGGCGCCGCCGCGGCGCAUGGCGGAGAAGAGCGAGAGCGCCGCUGGGGAGCCGGCGGCGGUGCGGGCGUGCGCGCGGAUGA